UGCCAUAUUGCACUUCAUGCGCGCGUCACUGCUCGCAUUUCAACGCGAGGACAGAGGCCAACGCAGGACUAGCAGCUCAGAGGCAGCCGCUCAGCCCGUCUCUCUUGUGGACUGUAAAUGGGAUGAACGACCGCCUGAUUCCCUCUCCGAACCCGCAUCUGUCCUGCACCUUCGUGUCUGACGAUUUGGAAAGUAAGCUUUCUCUCCAGCUACGACUGUGGACAGAAAACGAGAAGUCAAAAGAAGAGCAUCGGCUCAAACAGUGGGAAAAAUAAAGUUAUCAGUCUUGUUGUAAAGUUUCCUUAGUGAAAACGUACGCCAUGGUCACCUUCCUAAGGAGUUUGCUCUGGAUACUUGUGUUGUCGCCCAGUCUGAAAUGUGAAGAUAAUCCGGGCCUCUCAGUAGGCAUAGGUGGUGUGGCUGAAGCUCAGAGUGGAGCUGCGCCAACAGUCGAAGGAUAUUUUUUGGAGUUCCAGAAGCCAGUCAACAACAUCACGCUCUUUCAGGGGCAGACAGCCACCCUUCAUUGCAAAGUGGCAGGAAAUCCUCGACCGUCUAUCCGCUGGCUGAAGAAUGAUGCCCCUGUAGUACAGGAACAGGGACGCCUAACCAUCCGCAAGACAGAGGGAGGCUCAAAGCUCCGCAUCCAGGACCUGGACACAACAGAUACGGGCUAUUAUCAGUGUGUUGCAUCUAACUCAGUCAAAGUCAUUUCUGCCACAGGUGUUCUUUAUGUCAAACUAGGACAGAUGCCCACACAAGGCCCAACUGAACCGUCACGUGAAAAACAUUUUUGCCAGCCAUAUCGUGGCAUUGCCUGUGCUCGAUUCAUCGGUAACCGCAGUAUCUAUGUCGAGUCUCUGCAGAAGCAAGGGGAGAAUGAAAACCGCAUUACAGCUGCCCUCACUAUGAUUGGAACAUCCACCCACCUGUCUGAUCAGUGCUCUGAGUUCGCCAUCCCAUCCUUCUGCUACUAUGUCUUCCCUCUGUGUGAUGAGCAAUCUCGGGGCCCUCAGCGCCGUCAACUCUGUAGAGAUGAGUGCGAGGCUCUGGAGAAUGACCUUUGUCUUGCUGAGUACACCAUUGCCAGAUCGAAUCCUAUGUUACUCAUGCAGCUUGAGCUCCCAAGCUGUCACUUGCUGCCACAGCCAGGAACACCUGCUGCAGCUUCCUGUAUGAGGAUAGGAGUACCACCAGAAAAAUUGGGUUCAUAUUCCCCCUCAGAUCACAGCUGCUAUAAUGGAAGUGGAGUUGACUACAAGGGCACAAUCAGCAUCACUAAAUCUGGUCACUACUGCCAGCCAUGGAGCGCUCAGUACCCGCACAGUCACCAGCUGUCUCAGGAGUAUCCUGAGCUCUGGGGAAGUCACAACUUCUGUCGUAAUCCAGGAGGCCUAAUGCAGGCACCCUGGUGCUUCACCCUGGACCCUCUGGUCAGGGUGGACCUGUGUGAAAUCCAGCCCUGCAAGCCACAAGAAAACCCCAGGAAGGAGAUCCUGUUUAUUUUAAUACCUGCAGUUGCCAUCCCAUUGGUUAUCGCUUGCCUCUUCUUUCUGGUUUGCUUGUGUCGCAAUAAACAUAAGGCUUCAAAUGACACACCACCUCGUUCCCAGCUCAGCAGCUCACCCUCCCAGGACACGGAGCUGUCGCCCCUGAAUCAUCAAAAACAACAG